UGCUUUAAUAAGAAUUAUAUCAAGUAUUUGGGGAUUCUCCAAUGUGAAAUGCUGUCCAGCACAUGACUCUUCAUCCUUGCAGAUCUCCAUAACCCCUUUAGAGGAUGACUGAUUUCUUUUGGUGUUCAGAGUCAAUAAUAAUUUCUAGCACCAUUUGAAAUCGGUUAUAGUGAUUGGGGAAUUGCACCUCGUGAAUUUUUGCAGAAGAGGCUCCGGAGAGAAGCUUUAAUGGUCCUGUGUGUGAAGAUGAUCCUUGGAAUGGUUUGGAAAGCCUUACGGUGCUGAGAGGGAAGAUGGUUUUCCCAGUGAGAAUAACCAGUGUGGACUUUGGCUCAAAGAAGAAGAACCCCACCCUGUUGGCUUAAUGAUCUGUCUGUGAGGUAUGAGGAAAUAAAAGGAGCAGCAGGAAACCUUCCAAUCUGCAGCUCUCUUACUCUGGACGUGCUGAAAGCAAGAUCUCAUGGAGGUUUUCCCUGCCAGCCUGAGAGCUUCUUCCAUUCUCCUCUCGUACAGUCCUUACAGAGUAAGCCAUAAACAACCUGAGUCACCUCUCCAAGGGUGUUCAAUGUAUAUGAAUUCCUCUGAAAUUUCAGUUGUUCAGAGACACAGCUGGCUGGAGGCAGAGUCAGAGGUGGGUCCUGUCCCCAGUUCCAGCAGGAUCUAAUUAUCCAUGAAAACAAUGUCUGAAAGUCAUCCUUCAGUCAGCUGAUCCUUUUACAUCCAGCUUUUUGGGAGUUAAUGCCACCAACUAACCUACAGCAAAACAUCACACACCAGCCUGCAGCACAGCAUCCCUGUAGCAGGGGAUGUUUUCCUGGAUAUCCUGCAACAGGGGAAGAAAGGAUGAAAAAAGGAAGAAAAAUGCCUGAUGAAAACAGAAGCAUUUCAGCAUAAAAUAUCUCUGAGGAAGAAGAAAGUGUGCUGCAGGUGCAUCUCCUCUGGAAGCAUCCAGAACUUUGGGGUUUCAAGCAGAAAAGCUGGACCAGCUGUGUGCUUCACCUCUGCUGCUGAGCAAGGGGAUGUUCAGUGGGUGCUGCUCAGUGUAAUGGUUACAGACUCUGGGUCAGAAGAUAGUCCCACUCAGCUCCUUGAAAUAGGAGGCAAAAAAUGUUUUCUCUGAUGUCAUUCUCAGUCUACUGGAUCUCCAACAACUUUCCAAGAACAGUCCAUGGAGAGAUGUAUGGCUGCCUGCUCUGCUGCCUGGAUUGCUGGGUAUUUUAAGUCCCCCUGUGUGCAGUUUCUGACUGUGCUGCCUUCUCAGCAUCAUGUCUGUCUCCUCUAGAGGAUUCUUCUCCAGAGAACCUGCCAUGGAAGCAGAUGAUCUGUCUUCAGUCCUGGGGGCAAAUCAAUAAAAUCAUUUUCUCUGUGUCAAAGAAGUUUUUUAAAGCCCCCUUGGCAAAAAAAGGAGAGGUGAGCCUUGGGAUCGCAGAGAUUUGAGUUCAGUAUUUUGGUGCUAGUGAAAGUCACAAAUGGUUUGGUUGGAAGGGACCUUAAAAAUCAUCCAGUUCCAUCCCCCUGCCAUGAGCAAGAACACUUUUCACCAUCCCAGGUUGCUCCAAGCCCUGUCCAGCCUGGCCUUGGACAUUUCCAGGGAUCCAGGAGCAACCACAGCUUCUCUGGUCAACCUGUGCCAGGGCCUCACCACCCUCACAGGGAAUAAUUAUUCACAUAUUGUUGCAGAGGAAAGUCUUUUUGGUCUCUGCUUUCCCAAAGCAAUCAGUGUGUCAAGCCCUGUGUAACUCUGGCUGGAUUCCAGCCUGGAAAGCCAGACACUGACCCUGAUUUGGAGCAGCACAGCCUGGGAUGAAGUGGCUGGGAAGGGGCAUCAAAGCGCCGUGUGGAGGAGCUGGCUGUGACAACAGUUCACCAAGCAAUGCAUGGCAGAGCAUGGACAUCAAGAGGAAUGUAAAGCAACUCUUUCAACCUCAUUGCUUCAAAUACCACAACUGUCAUUCUUCUAUAACGUUACUGCAUAAAAACCCAGCGGGAUUUAUUUAUAAUUGAUGAUUUUAUGUGGAGGAUACUCCAAUGCCACCGUGCGGAUUAAAUCCCAGGACAGACUGACAGCUGUAAAACCCAUGAGCACAGGUGAGUGAGCUGGUCUGUUAGUGGCCUCCAGAGGAACACAAAGUGAUUUGCUCUGUUGGAUUUUGCCAUGAUUUAAUCUUCAGUCUUGCCUGUCCUUACUGUGAAACAGACUGGGAAGAGAAUGGCUUGAUAGUUUCCCAUAUGGUUCAUCAUUGCUAAAAAUGCCAUGAGGUGAUGGGAUUGCCUGCUGCAAGCUGCCAAAAUCCUUAUGAAUCCAAACCUGCUCAGAAAUCACCUCUGGGAAAACCUAAAUUUCUCAGGAAGUUCAUGAGAAUUAUAAUGGAUUUCCAGGCUUCCAAAUAAGUUGUCACGUAAAGACUCUCCACUAUGUUUCCAGUGUGAGAACUGAAAUCACAACUUGAAGGAAGGAGAAACUCAGUGCAAGUAAAUUUUCAAGAUUUCUCUAUGCAAAUCAAAAUUCCAGUUGGAGAACUUUGGAGCGAAACAAUGGUGUAAAAACCCCCACUUUUUAGUUGAGGUUAGCCUGGAAAUUUUAAGGCGCUCAUGAAUAAUUUAUAAACCAGUCUUCCCACGGAUGAGCAGCAGGACGAGAGCGUGGCUACGUUUGUCACUGUAUUGAGACGUUUCCUGGCAAUGGUGGAAUUUUUAUGGCGUUCUUUCUCAUAAUGGAGUUGUUGCUUAGCUUUUAAUGUCCCAAAUGUAAACAGAUCUGAGGAAGCAGAUCGUUAAAAACGUUUAGAAAGGGCGAAUGAAAAAGUGAAGUACUUGCGUGCUGCGUUCCAAGCAAAGCCUAUAAAUCACCGCCAUCGGAAUUCUCUGACAAGGAGCAAAUGGUUUUAUGGACUCACAGAAAUUGCAUUGGGAGGAAUAGUGAAAAGAUUAAUAUUUUAAAAUCAUGGCAGAAGAGCAGAGGGAAUAACCCGAGAGGUUUGAGAAGCUGUCCCGUGCUCUGUUUUAAAUUGUAACACUUUGACUUAACAAAUUCAAAAUCAGAUUCAAAUCUGCUUUGCCAUCUUCAGCUCCACAGUCUCUGAAGCCGUGGGACCAGUUGACUUCACUGCCUGGUGCUCCUUCAUUAGCCAGGCUGGGAAUGCUUAAAUCCAUGCAGAGGUUUUAUGUGUGGAAGCAGCUCAGGAAAAAAGGGUAAAAAAAGCAGUUUUCGUUUGAUUUUCAACCCUCAGAGCUGCUUUCUAAACUCAAAUUUGGGUUUGCAGCUUUCGAGCCUUCAAGAGUCACUCCAGUGACCCAUCCUGGGCAGGAAGCCGGGGAUCCCGUGGGAUGCAGGGGUGGAGAUGGCAACCCCUGGAAGGUGCUGGUGCAGAGGGAAGGGUGAGUGCUCCUCGGCUGCCCUGGCCCAGCCAGCCCAGCAGAUGUGAGAUGCUGCCUUAGCACGGGCGGCAGCGGGAGCCGCGGUUGGGCUCGGCGGGAGAGGCCGUGGGUGGAGAGGAGCUGGCAGGGAUCCCGGGAGCCGCUGGGAAGAGGCUGCGCGGGGGAGAGCGAGCUCACCACCCACCUCGGAUGAAAUCAUGGAACGGGCGAGCGCGAGGAAAGGCUGGUGAGGAGAAGGAGACCUAAAAAAAAAGGGGGAGGACGGGAGAGGAAGGAUGGUGGACCAGUGAGGAGAGUGGUUCCUGUCUGGUGGGUUCAAGGAGGAUCUGGUUCUCACAGGAGUCAAAAUAAGAGCAGGAAUUUGUCACAGGAAGGUUUGCUCCAGCAGCAUAGAAAAGAACUUUGAUACCUGACCCCUUUGGUGGAAAUGCAUUAUUAACGUGUCUGAAUGGAGGAGUGAUUGUUCCCAGGCAAGCUGCUGCUUCCCCAGUCUAACCUCUAACCAAGCUUGGACCAAGGAAGAUGCAUUCCUGGAAUGAGGAGAAGGAGAUCUCUGGAGCUGGCUGGUUGAAAACAAUGUUUUUAAGGGCUCCUGAAAAAGGAACCUUACAGUGCCACUUUCGUUAAGCAAGAAGUGGGUUGCCUUGGUGUUCCCAGUUCAGUGGGCACAUUGUCUCAUCCUUACUGUGCAGGCCAACAAGGAAAAAGUCCAGUGUGGCUUCCUGUUGCACUUUGAGACUGAACAUUGCCCAGCCCAGCGUGAACUCCUUGGAUUUUUUCUCCCCAAUACUUGUCUGAUUUAUGAUAAAUUACACCACUCAUGACUGUUUCAAUCCAAUGAGAAGACCUUCAGUGUCUGUGUUUUCCACAUGGAUUUGUGUCCAAGCUGCCUUUCUGCAGCUAAUCCCACAUCAUUUCUGGAGAGCUCAGGCAGGCGAGGAGCCAGUGGAAGGAGCGGGUGUGAUCAGCACGAGGUUUUGUCCAGUGCACCCACUGAAUACAGCCUGCAUCUUCUGCUGGGUUUUGUUGGAUCCUUUUCAUUCCUUGGAAGCACAGUUCAGGACAAAACUGUCACAGUCUGACUUUAAGGAAUGGGAUUCUCAGCACUUCUGUCUCUGCUCCAGCCAGCGAAAACUGAUGCGUAAGACUCCUUCUCCCUCCCUCCAACUCCAGUGGGUGCAAAGUUGUAACUGUUUCAGGAAAGAUACAGCCAGAAAAAAAAUAAAAACCAACCAAAAAACAUUUCCCUAGCUCAUUUUCUUUUCCCAGAAAACCAGAUGGAUGAAUCAUUACAACAGCAGCUGUGACAGGGGACCAGACAACAGACUGAGCCCAAAGCCCAACCCAGUUGAGGCAAGAUGAAAAACUGUCCAAGGAUUUACCAACCCUCCCUCCCACAUCUGUUUAAAGGAGCAGGACUCCAGAAUUAGGAAGAGUCUGACCCAGGAUUCUGGAAGUGUGUCCUCCUCCUGGCUCUCUGAGUGAAAUUCCCUGUUUAUGACAACGGGCAGAUUUAUGACCAGGUAUAUAUUGCACUGGGACUCCUGAGGGAUUAGCCAAGGGUUUCUUCAGGGAGAAGAAGAAAGGAACUCUUUAGCUGCCUGUCCUGAGACUCUGCUUCAAGAGUAGCAAGAGCCCUUCACUGAAAUCCUCCCACCAUGCUGGGGCUGCUGCUGCUGCAGGUGUUGGCCAGCUGCCUCUGGCUGGGACACAGCGAGGUAGUUAAGUCCUUUGAAACUUCAUGUCCUCAGUUUUUUUUCCGGGAGAUCCCCCCGAACGAAGCCCUGGAGCCGCAGAAACCAGCCUGGAUCUGCCAGCGCUACAAGAACCAGUAUUACUUUGCCACCCUGUAUGACAGGAAGAUGCGUAUUCCUGUCUACUCAGCUUACAUCUACCAGCCUGGACCGGGCAAAAGACCUAAAACAUGGCUGGUUGAGCCUCAGCUGAUUGGCCCAGCUUAUCCCAAAACUAUGGAAAAAGAGUGGACACUCUUAAAUCAUUACAAUGUCACCUUAGAGAAACUCAGCCAGAGCCAGGCUAUCCUUCAUGACUACAAGAACCUGACGGGUCUGAACCGGGGCCAUUUGAACCCCAAUGGCCACCACGAUGACUACAGCAGCAGGACGGCUACCUUCACCCUCACCAACAUCGUGCCCCAGGAUGAGAAACUCAACGGUGGCGCCUGGAACAACUACGAGCAGCAAACGAUGAUCAGGAGGACCCAGGGCUGUAAAACCACCUAUGUCAUCGUGGGUGCUGUGCCUGGGAACAACUACAUCGCCAAGGGGAGGGUUAAUAAACCCAGCCACCUCUGGUCAGCUGCCUGCUGCGUGGUGGACAAUAACUACAUAAAGGCCUGGGCGGUCAUCGCUGAGAACGACAAGAACGAGGUUGAGCUCCUCACACUGGGAGAGCUGGAGGACACGUUAACUGAGCUCUAUGGGAGGGGACAGGUUUCCCUGUUUGACAGUGACUGUCCUCGAGAAUAAGCCCCACAUCCUGGGUGGAACAGGCGCAGGAGCUUUUGCCACAUGUCAUAGAAUCACAGAAUGGUCUGGGUUUGAAGGAAUUUCAAAGACCAUCCGUGUAGUCUCAGCUCCUGAGCCAUGGACAGGGACAUCUUCCACUAUCCUUGGUGGCUUCAAGCCCCAUCCUGUGGUAGUGAGUUUCUUUGUUAUGAAAUUGUGGUGUUAUAAGUUCAAAAUAGUUUCCUCCUGUUGUCCCCCAUACAUAUUGGUUUGUCCCUGAGAUACGUCCAUCCAUUCCCCUGUCCAUCUACCUAAAGAGCUACCCCUUGUUCCAGAGUCUUCCCUGCCACUCAGGGAGACCCUGCCCUCCUCCCUUGUCCAUCACAGAAACCCCACCUUUGUUUCCAGAAUCUUCUGCAUGCAUCCUGGAUCCCUCAAAUACCUAUUGGUCUCCUUGGCCUGCUCUCCUCCCCUGUUGUCUCCCAUUGGAUGUCAUGAUGUGUGCACUGCCUUGUGCCCCUCCCCGGGUGUCUCACCAUUGGUCCAAGUUUGUAUCCGCCCUAUAUUCCCUCCCCUGUACUUAAGAUGCUGUUACGCCUUUGAGACGCUGUUAUUUGUCUCUGGACUCUUUCAGAUUAAAUCCUCUUGAGAACUUGUAUGAGUGAUUCCUCUCUUUUCUUUCAUUUUGGAUUCCUCAACUCGGGAUUCUAACAGCAGCUGCACAGAGCAGCUUUGCUGCCUCUGACAGCUAGGCAGCCCUGUUUUACUGCUACGCAGACCGGCCCAGGGGUGGACAAGGAGCAGCCACUCUUGGCACAGGCCAGGAGCUUGGGCUAGCUGUGGUCAGCCCUAAGGGGUCAGCCCAUGUCACUGUCCAACCUGGCUUUGAACACUUCCAGGGAUGGAGCAGCCACAACUUCUCUGGACAACCUAUGCCAGGGCUUCACCACCCUCACGGUAAACAAUUGCUUCUUAACAUCUAAUCUAACCCCACCUGCUUUCAGUUUAAAGCCAUUACCUCUUGUCCUGUCAUUCCAUACCCGUGUCCAAAAUCCCUCUCUCUUCUAAAACCAUUUAGACACUGGAAGGAGUCCAAAUUCUCCCAAGAGUCUUCUUUUCUCCAGGCUCCCUCACCCUCAGCUCUUUCAUCCUCCCUCCAGAGCACAUGUGCUCCAGCUCUUGGAGCAUCUUUGUGGCCUCCUCUGGACUCCACUCCAGCAGCUUUGUCUCCUUUUCCCCUUGUAGAUCCCAGAACUGGAGGCAGCGCUGCAGGUGAGGUCUCACCAGAACAGAAUAGAGGGGGACAAAUGGACUGUAGAAGGGAACAAGACAACUCAAGGCUCCCAAAGACCUUUGAUUCAUUUCCAGGAAGGUCUGAGAGAGCAGACUUCACAUGAUAUCUAUGUUCCAUUAGGAAGUGAGAAACCUGUCUUCAGAUCAGGAAAAUUUAUGUAUAAAAGGAUACCCAGUGCCACCUGCUUAUAGAGUAGUUUAGGGACUAACAUAACAA